CCGGGGGAGGAGCCGCCGCCGCCCCCCCGCGUCCCAGGUGUAACCGGAGCCGGGAGGGCGCGGCGCAGCCACCUCCACCUGCGGAACCUGUCGGGCGGCUCACUCCGCUCCGCCGCCGCUGCCGUGCACGUACCGCUCCCUGUCCGCCCGCGUCCCCGAGGACUUUCCCCCGGCCUCCCCGCGGCCCGCCGCCCGCCCCAGCCAUGAAGCCGCUCUGCGGGGCUGCGCUCCUCCUGCUGCUGCUGUUCUGCACCGCCGUCUGUGCCCAGCAGAGCUCGUGCAUCUGCGACAUGAACAAGCGUGUCACCAACUGCAGGAUAGACAAUACGAAGUGUUUGUGCGACGCCGUCGGCUCCAGCAUCACCGUGUACUGCGACACCUUGACUCCAAAAUGCCUGUUGAUGAAAGCAGAAGCGACGGGCUCAAAAUCAGGGCGUCGUGAGAAACCAAAAGAUGCGUUUCAAGAUACCGAUGGCCUUUAUGAUCCUGAGUGUGAAAACAGUGGUGCUUUCAAGGCGAAGCAGUGCAAUGGAACCACCUGUUGGUGUGUGAAUACAGCUGGUGUUAGAAGAACUGACAAACACGAUUCGGACUUGAAAUGCAAUCAAUUAGUCAGAACGAUAUGGAUCAUCAUUGAAAUGAAACAUGCUGAGAGAAAUGCUCCUCUGAACGCCGAAUCUUUAAAGAAGUUCUUCACGGAUACAAUUGCCAAUCGUUAUUUGCUGAAUGGACGCUAUAUAACUAAUGUUGUGUAUGAAAACCCGUACAUUACUAUUGAUCUGAAGCAGAAUUCCUCAGACAAAUAUUCUGGAGGUGUGGAUAUAGCUGAUGUGGCCUACUACUUUGAAAAAGAUGUGAAAGGUGACUCCAUCUUUCAUAGUAACACACUAAAUCUCACCAUUGAUAACGAACCGCUGAAGCUUGAGAGGACAGUGGUCUACUACGUUGAUGAAAUAGCACCGGAGUUUUCCAUGAAGUCUCUGACUCCUGGCCUGAUUGCUGUCAUUGUUGUAGUAGUGAUAGCAAUAGUUGCUGCAAUUGUUGUUCUGGUCCUCACAAGGAGGAGGAAAGGGAAGUACGUGAAAGCUGAGGUGAAGGAAAUGAAUGAAAUGCAUAGAGGACUGAAUGCUUAACGAAAACAACUGAAGACAAGUAAGAUUCAAACAAGAAGACAACAAACAUCAUUGAAGGCAUGGAUCUUAACUCUUAAAAGUUUCCUCCUGAAAGGGAGGCAGUUGUGCUCACUUAAUGAUUGGUAAAACAGCCAAGAUUGGUAACCAUGCUUUUACUAUUUGUUGAGGGUUAAAUCUUAAACACCCCGUCUUACUCAAGUCAAACUUAACUAUUGCUCCCUGAUUUUACUUUUUUUGAUGAUGAUAAAAUGAGUUGUCAUCUGCUGUUACUAGGGUUUUGGAGCAUUCAUGCUUAAAUGGUUAUUUUGCCCUUGUGGGAGUUUUGUUGAAAAUGAUUGUGUAGCCACGUUGUAAUGAGACUGUCUCCUGUAUAACUAAACAUGAUGUUUUUAUGGCAGUUUGUACAUAUUUGAAGUUGCUGUAACUUUUUUAUGACUUGAAUUAAUAAAACUUGGAAACAGG